AAACCGCAUGAUUUAUACGUGUUUUUUUUUUGUUUUCGAUGAUAACUUUGUUUAUUUGUAGGUGGUCGUUUAUGAAAUAUAUAUUCUAUUUUUUGUCAUAUGCCUUUCCCUCUGAUAUUUUGUUGUUUUACUCUUUAUUUGACACCGCAAACGACACGCUAGGUGGCAGUAUAUAUGUGCAUAACUAACGUUGUACUCCGUUGUCGAAGAAGUUAAAUGGUGUGUCGGGUUGUGCUGUGCAGUGGAAAUUAAAUACAUUUCUUUUUGUAACAGAACCGAUCAAGUACAAGAGGUUAUUUUUUUCGGAAACUUGACGUUUUUCUCAGAGCCUGGAAUAAGCGAGUCCAUGUUUCUUGAUCCCCAUGAAGAGAAAGUGCUCUUUAGACACUAUGAGAAGAGAUUGCUUGACUUCUGCACAGUGUUCAAACCUGCAAUGCCCAAAUCUGUAGUGGGCACGGCUUGUAUGUAUUUCCGAAGAUUUUAUUUAAACAACUCAUUAAUGGAGUACCACCCAAGGACAAUAAUGUUGACGUGUGCGUACCUGUCCUGUAAGGUGGACGAAUUUAACGUCUCCAGCACUCAGUUUGUGGGGAAUCUUCAGGAAAAUCCAGCAGCACAGGAGAGGGCUCUGGAGCAGAUCCUGGAGUACGAGCUGCUCCUCAUCCAGCAGCUGAACUUUCACCUGGUGAUACACAACCCGUAUCGGCCACUCGAAGGCUUUCUCAUAGACCUGAAGACAAGGUAUCCACUGUUGGAGAAUCCAGAGAUGUUGAGAAAAAGUGCAGAAGACUUCCUGAACAGAGCAGCAAUGACGGACGCAGGCCUUUUGUUCUCUCCGUCCCAGAUUGCCCUCACCGCCGUCCUUAACAGUGCAGCACGAGCAGGCCUCAACAUGGAGACGUAUCUUACUGAAUGCAUGGGGUUAAAAGAUGAAAAGGAGACACUUUCCAAGAUGUACGAUUCGAUGAGGCGAAUCACUACUCUCCUCAAAGAAUAUGAGCUUCCCAAAUCCAACGAAGUGAACAUUUGCAAACAGAAACUGGAAAGGAUCCACGCCGAGUUCAACAGCAACACAAGUUUGAAAAGGAAGCAUGGCUAUGAAGAUGAUGACCACGUGGUGAAAAAGCCUCUUGUUACUGAAGAGGAGUGGACAGAUGAAGACCUGGAUCUUUUGUAGCAUUAUUAGUACGUCUUGUAUUUGUGAAUACACAUUCCUUAAACGUACAGAUUCACUUCGCACCUUCGUCAAGGAGGGAAGGUGAAGUCAGUGCUUUCUGCUUUGGCCACAGACCACUGCUUUAUGCUAUUUUGUAAAUACCUAGGCAAUAUUUGUCUGCUCUAGUUGUGCGGCCUUAUUUACUGACAAUAAAAUAACACUUUUGUA